AUGGACUCCUCCAUCAACCCCUUCACUGGCGCGGCCAACGACCCCAACAGCCACUCCGACUUUUUGGCCAACAAGGAAACCAACCGCAAUGAGGCUGUCAUCAUGGGCGGAGUUAUGAUCGGUGCCGUACUUUUCGUCGCGCUCGUUGGUGUGGGCUGCAUGUUUUAUAGGCAGCGGGUCCGGAAGAUGAAGGCUCAGCAGAGCAAGGACGUUGACGAUGAUGGGCGGUCUGUUUAA